CAUUAGUGCCAGCCAGCAAGGUCUGCUGCACCUAGAUGACUGUUCCCUGGGAAGGAUUCUGCUCGAAUACCGAUUUGGCAGCUAUAUCGCUCGACAUUACGCGAGAUUUUCGUGUUAAAGGUAUCUAGCUAGGUCCGCUGAUACUGGUCAAGUUUGUCGAGUUUACUCUUUAAUGAGCCGGCUGAGGCCGGAAGAGGAUAAUAAACUUAAGCCGUGGCGUUAUCUUUUUCCCCUGACUGGGAACAAGUAAUUCACGACAGCGUCAAGAAGCUGCCUGAGCAGCUCCUUUUCGCCUUCUAGUCCGUGCGACCCAGAACACAGGCUACCCCUGAAGCUGUGCUCUGCUAAAUCUGAGCUAGGAAACCCCUUCACAACAAGAUUUAGUACAGCAGGACGUUAUUUGCAGCCUCAACCACUGGCUCUAAUUAUCUCCGCGAUAUAGAGCGCCUGCAUAGUCUCCACCUUCCAGGAUCCUCUAAGAUCCAGAGAAGUGGAUUGUUUGCAUCUACCUGCCACUCUCGAUGAGUGGAGCUGCUGGAUGAGCUGUUAGCAAGUGUCAUCAAACCUAUGUAUUGUAAAUACAAUGAGGGACUUCCGAUCAACCUUGGGUCGCUUUAGAAGCAAAGCGUCAAGCACAGGGUCAACCUCAGCAUAUGGUUAUGGCCAGAGGUAUCAUCGUCUUCGAUACAGUUGUUAUGAAAGAGAGGACUCAAUUUUCCGUAUGCUGCAGCAGUAUCUACGGUGUAGGCGUGCCAAAGCUUGAUUCUGUGCAAAUCUGCAUGGUUGCAGCCCCCGUAUAAUCAACUACUGACAUCUGUUUAGCCCACUUGUCUCUGCCUCAAAACAGAAAAUGUCGUGCUCAUGUGCGGACUGUCCCAGGUAAUUCCAUAGUAUGAUUCCUGGAAGCAUCAGGCCAUAAUAAAACUACGGGAUUCUGUACUCCCAAGACUGCCGGGAGAUCCUGCAAAAGUGACGGGGUCAUGUUGAAUGGCCUCGGAGAUACACUAGGGCUUCUUCCUUUCAUCCAAAAAUGGCUGCGAUAUUGGCUUUGCUCAUAGCUGUGAGAAACUAUGGUGUCGGCUGAUGUGUGAGGAUUCGACCGUAGGUGAUAGUGAUGACAACUAUGACCCGGAUAAUCAUGGUAUAGUCACGAGUGCUGGUAUAAGGUCGCAGGGAUAUAUAUAUAUGGGCCCACAAUCAACCGAAGGAUGUUCCCUUGGCGGCCACUUAAGCGUCGAUGCGACUCUUGCGUUCCAGAAGGGCAAAGCACGAGUCAAGCAUCAACCUUGCUGAGGAUCUUGACCUGGUUAGAUACUGAGUUAGAAAUCGACAACCCCCAAGGCCAGUUAUCCGGUUAUCCUUCGCUGCUACUGGUGGAAAAUGGCUCCACAUUGACUGAUAAACUCUCGGUUACCACGUGGAAGCUAACUCACGCUAACUCUACUUGGUUAAUGCUGAAGGACCCGCCCGGUCGUUCACACGUUUAAUCCUUCGUCCAGAUCCUUCAACCUUUAAAUAGGAUAUCAGUUGCUUAAAGGCAUCUCAGUCUGUGAUAUACCCUAUUAACCCUCCGCUCGGCUGCCUUAGUGGCUUAAGCAGCGUGCAGGGGCCUUGAACCCUUCAGUCCCCACCUCACGUUUACCACGAGCCAUUCGCUCCCUCAAUCUAAAUCCUCUGCCCAGGCUCUGGUUUAGAUGCUACUAAAUCUCUUGAGGAAAUUCGCAUCCCACGGAAUUCUGGGCAGCGCACUCACAGAUACCCACUCAAAUGUGAGUGCAUAAGUAUAACUCGCUGGCUAGAUCCUUGAUGAGGGUCUGUAGGAUGCCAAUUGUCUUGCUAACUAGAGAGUUUUAACACUAUAUAUAGCUAAAGUUCUGCGCGAAAGCCAUCUUGCUAUCAAAGUGCCUCACUAUAUUGUACACAGUGAUGAACACUUAGUAAGGUAGUAACCAGCAACAGAUCACACAUAGUGUAUAAGGCAUUUAAGCUGAACCAAGCACACAAGACCCGCGCUUCCAGCAGCGUGUUGCUAAUGGUUCCAAGAGAAAGGGUCCGUAUGUACGGAGUAUGGCCCAAAAUUGACCCCUGUAAAUAGAUGCGCUAGACGAGGCGCUUAUGCACAGUACCAGGCCGGAUCCUGGGCGGCUAUCUGCCUAAGAUUUCAAUGGAGAAGCUGCGCAGACUUCCGUUGAGGGACCGUAGACAGCGAGUCUGUUGAUUGGGCUAUCUUGAUCUUUACAACUUGCCACGAUGCUACCUAACGCCCUCCCGGAAAAUUCUUCCCAAGAAAAUCCUUCAUAGCAAAUCCUUCAGAGAGAAUCCUUCGAAGAGAAUGCUACGGAGUAUACGCUUAUGAUGAACGAAGUGUUGUUAUCUCAUCGUCUGCUCGACUAUAAGAACAGUGAAUUUCUUCCAGUUGUCCGUCACAAAUACACAAGCAGAACAACCUCAGAGAACAGUCCAGCUUACCUAUUCUCACCAUCUUUCCUCGCCUUCAGCCAUCAUGAAGCUUCUUAACCUCCUCUCCAUUACCUUUGCCCUUAGCGGUAUCUCUUCCGCUAUCCCUGCUACUCCCGAAAAGGCUCUCGAGCCUAUCACCGGAACCGUUGUUGGCAAAGGUGUCACUGAGCAGGGCGAGCCCUACACUAUCACUGCUGACUUCGUUGAUAUUUCCGAUAAGGACUUGGCCCUUUUCAAGAACAACCCUGGAAAUUCCACCACUGGCCUCGAAAAGCGUGGAUUCGGCUCCAAGUUGAACUGCGACCAGUGGUUUGAGAACAAAUACUGCUACUGCGGUGGCGCAAUUUCCAACCGUGGAGAUUGCUACUGGGGUAGCCAGGAAUUCUGCAACAUGCACAAGUUCAAGAACUUCCGCAACACCUCGCUCUACCAUGUCAAGUGGCUGCCUACCGUUAAGAUCGAGUACUGGGUUACCAACAAGUGCAACCACGAUCGUUACGUGGGUGACAACUGUGGCGGUAUCUUUCUCGACCUCAUCGAUUGGUGCGAAUGGUCCUGGAUGACUGCUAAGGGAGGUCACCAGAAUUUCGACGAUUGUCUCUUCUUCCGCUUCGAUGUCAACGGCCGAUAAAUGUCAGGAGAAGACUGAACACAAUAGUGCCUUGUUCCAUGGAAAGGUCGAUGACAAGAGUGCAUUGUUCUAGGGGGGAUUGAAGAAAGGAGUGGCUUGUUGUUUAGGAUUUUAGAUAGCAUAAUAAUAAUAAAAGACAAGAUCUCACAGUGGGAACCUACCACUGUCAAAGAAACAUCCUUUUUUUUUUUUGCAA